UUGUUCAGUUAUAUGAUCCGUAGAAGUCCAAUAAAUGGAUGCUCAAACGAAAUGAAUUAUCAGGUCAAAUGAGGCGCAUAUACACAAAAUUUAAGUGAACAGCAUACAAAACGCAUAGCGUUGAGACGCAAAACCAAACGAAAUCACUGAGAUAUGUUAUGAAGGCGAACAGUUCUCAGUUGACUUGCGAGGCUUGGACUGUGCACACGACAAUUUUCCGAUUGUGCUACUCGCGUUAUCUCGCCUCUUGCGUCGUACUGCUUUUACUUUUAAGUCUGAUUGAAAUUGUUCUUUUUGUUUCGGGAUUGAUGUAUCGUUAAAAAAGAAAAAUCGAAUAAUAUUAUUUCUGUGAAAUUUAAUUGAAGAACAUUUAACCUGGAAACUUCAAGUGAGUUUUGAUUGUGAGACUCUUCAAUUAAUAUAAAUUAUAUCUUAUAUUUUUAAAUAUUGUGCUUAUUUGAUUUGAAGAGCAUUUGUGCAUUGCGUCACAUAUAUUCACGUACACGUGCCAAUCUAACUUUUUUUCGCGAACAUUUCUUCUAUGCUGUGAAUCAAAUCAAUCAAUGACGAAAAGUUCUUAUAUUAUUCGAUGACACAAUUUCUACAUUUUAAUUUAAAACCGUGUAACGUUUCAAGUAAAUAAUAAAUCAGAAGCAAAAUGUAACCGCAUUCAAUGUUUCGGCAUCGAAAACUGUUGCGUAGAACGUUUUUCAAAUUGCGUCGCAAUCAAAAAUUUGUGUGUCGCCAUUCAUUUCGUUCGUACGAUUCAUCAAGUCUUGCGCGGCUUUUUCUCGGUCCCGGUGUGAUAUCAACCACGUAGCAUGUCUCCCAAUAUGAAAAAGUGUGUAUAACAGCGGACCCAGCUCCACAUAAACCAAUUGUAUGGCAAUUCGAUUAACAAAGGAACGGAAAGAGAGCGGAAAACGUGGCCGAAAACCAGGUCGUAAAGCAUCAAGCGAAAAAAUUGACAUGAAAGCCAAACUUGAGCGAAGCCGUCAAAGUGCUCGAGAAUGCCGAGCUCGUAAGAAAUUGCGUUACCAAUAUUUGGAAGAACUCGUGACAGAUAGAGAGAAGGCAGUUCUCAGCCUUCGCGUGGAACUUGAGAAGUAUCGUCAAUUUGCUCAUGAACUUGAUGCUGGUCGAUUUCCCGAAGGAAUGCAAGCAGUUCUUGACGAAGUCGGCGCAAUGAAGCAAGAGUGAAUCCGAUAUUGAUUGAUUUUCAUUUUUUUUUAAUUUUUAAUUUGUUUCAUUUUUUUGAUAUUCUUUGCUUCUCUUGAAUUGUUUGGUUUUGUUUUUUUCUUGCUGAAUCUUUGAAUAAUGACAGGAAAAAAUGUUGAAUUUCAUAAAUUACAUGAAUUGAAUUGAAUUUAAUUUGAAAGGAUUAAAAUUAAAUUUCCCGUGGAUUUGAGUUAUUAUUUACAGAAUAGUUUAUUGGAGAUUUUACUUCAAUCUCAUUGAUUUUGAAUAUUUAUGAGGAGAAAAUACACAGUUUUAAAAAUAUUGUACUUUUUACAUUUGUAAUAUCCUUUCACUAUUUUUAUACAACUGCUGAUUUAAAAAUACAAACUCUUCGACCUUUUUGGAAAUAAGCUAAUAAAACAAAUUCAAAAUUCCGUACAUAAGUUUUAAAGAUAUGUAUUAUUUACCAAAGUUACCUACAAACAUCCUUUUCAUUAUUGAGUUUGAAAAUAACGUAAUAUCUCUAUAUAGAUAUUAAGUGUAUUCUUGUGAAUUUGUACAAAUGAAAUUCAGGAAAAUACAACUAAUUAAAAUAUAUAUAUUUGAA